AUCAGGUCCUCAAUGUCACAUUUGUUGUGUGUGAAGUAGCUAAGUAUCUGAUAGCGAAUUUGUUUCUAAAUGUAUCAAACAUGUUUAAAUUAAAUUGUAUAUUAGCUAGUUCUGUGAGUAACGUGUGCCGACAACUGUCUGCCUCCCUAAACGCAAGCGGAAGCUCUCUGAAGGUGGCUUAUGGGUUUGGAAGCGUUGGGUUGCAGCGAACACUGUGUGCCAGUGCAGUCCGUCUUCAGGACACCGCAGCGUCCAUCGCAGGCUCUGAGAAAUCCUCCAGGGACUACAGCCAUUUUUCUCCACUCAUUGACCAGGAGAGUUCACUGAGAUGGGGUGGAAAGAAGUUUGAGGAGUUACCAAUCGUUCAUGUAAAAGCCACGUACAACAAUACACACAUCCAGUUGACGGAGAGCACGGGACAGUCGAUGGUCCGGACGUCCUGUGGAACAGAGGGCUUUAAGAAUAUCAAGAAGUCGACGCCCAUUGCUGCUCAGACCGCAGGCAUCUCUGCUGCUGCGAAGGCCAAAGCAAAGGGAGUGACGUUUGUCCGCGUCGUGGUCAAAGGUCUCGGCCCUGGACGUCUGCCCGCGAUCAAAGGCUUGACGAUGGGAGGCCUGGAGGUGGUAUCGAUCACUGACAACACCCCCGUGCCGCACAACGGCUGCCGCCCACGCAAAGCCAGGAGGCUAUGAUCUGCCGGCCAGGAGGCACUGCAACCCGGAGGAAAGCGGUUGUGUCGUAAUAUGCUAAUAAAGGUGGUCUUUUUGUUAUGUAA